UUAAAUAACAUAUCUUCCCCUGUAUUCCUAUCUUCAAUCCAACCAAUCAUUCAAACCCACAAAAAUCAAACCUCCAAAUACCCACAAAUCAAAUUACACACCUUUUUUAAACCCUAAUUUCAAAACUCAAUCUUUCCUUCAAUCAAGAACAUAUGAAAGAUCAAGAACAACAAACCCAAAUCCAACCCAAAAUCCCUUUUCCUCAUUACUGGGGUUCGAUUCCAGAAGAUGAAUACCACACCCAACAAAAGAUCAAAUCUUUCAAAUCCUACUACACUACACCCACUGGUAAAUCUCUCUUUACAAGAUCAUGGCAUCCUCUCUCCCCUCCACGUGGCAUCAUCUGUAUGGUUCAUGGUUAUGGUAAUGACAUCAGCUGGACUUUCCAAUCCACCCCAAUUUUCCUUGCUCAAAAUGGGUUUUCCUGUUUUGCUCUAGAUUUACCUGGUCAUGGUCAAUCUGAAGGUCUAAAAGCAUUUGUACCAAAUCUUGAUGAAGUUAUAGAUUGUUGUAUUUCAUAUUUCAAUUCAAUUCUAAAAAACCCAGAAUUUGAAAAUCUUCCUAGAUUUUUGUUUGGUGAAUCAAUGGGUGGAGCAAUCUGUUUGUUAAUCAGCUUAAAAAUACCAAAUUUAUUCAAAGGUUCAAUCUUGAUUGCACCCAUGUGCAAAAUCUCAGAUAAAGUAAAACCCAGAUGGCCAAUUCCUGAAAUUCUUACAUUAAUUGGUAAAUUUAUGCCUACUUUAGCAAUUGUACCAACACCUGAUAUAUUAGAUAAGUCUGUUAAAGUUCCUGAGAAGAAAAAAAUAGCUGUGAUGAAUCCUGUAAGGUAUAGUGGGAAACCAAGAUUAGGGACAGUUAUUGAAUUAUUAAGGGUUACUGGUUAUUUAAGUGGGAAAUUAAAGGAUGUUAUAAUUCCAUUUAUUGUUCUUCAUGGAAGUGAUGAUGUUGUUACUGAUCCAAAUGUAAGUAGAGAUCUUUAUGAAGAAGCUAAGAGUGAAGAUAAGACUAUUAGGAUUUAUGAUGGAAUGUUUCAUUCUUUGUUGUUUGGAGAGACUGAUGAGAAUGUUGAACUUGUAAGGAAGGAUAUACUUCAUUGGUUGAGUGUAAGAUGCAAUAGUAUAUCUCCAGAAGCGCCCAAAAAUCAAUACAACUAAAAGUUUAAGUUGAUGAUGAUAGACCCUUAUAUUUUAUAUGCUCUAUGAGGACUACUAUGAGCCACCCAAGUCCCAAGCAGGUUCCCUUCAAGAUCCACCACCUGCACAAUGCCACUUGAAUAACCAACCCAUAUUCUAGAACCGUAAGUAGC